AUGGCCACCAGCCAUGGUGUCCUUAGAUCUCUUGACAAUGCCAAGACACAAAGUUACCAUUACUUGGCAAUAGUGAUAGCAGGAAUGGGAUUUUUCACUGAUGCAUAUGAUCUCUUCUGCAUCACAGCCGUUACAAAGCUUAUCGGUCGAUUGUACUACUCUGAUCCGACUAACCAUAGUCCAGGAAUACUUCCAACAAACGUAAACAAUGCAAUAACCGGUGUUGCGUUGUGUGGCACCCUUGCAGGGCAACUCUUCUUUGGCUGGCUUGGUGACAAACUUGGUAGAAAAAAAGUUUAUGGCAUAACUCUUACUACCAUGGUUGGUUUUGCUUUAUUAUCAGGUCUUUCCUUUGGUUCCACGCCGAAAACCGUGGUAACUAGUCUUUGUUUCUUCAGAUUCUGGCUAGGAUUCGGCAUUGGUGGAGACUAUCCUCUAUCAGCUGUGAUCAUGUCUGAAUAUGCUAAUCAGAAAACACGAGGAAGUUUUAUUGCUGCUGUUUUCGCUAUGCAAGGAGUUGGAAUAUUGGUUGCUGGAGGCGUAGCCAUGUUUGUCUCGAAACUAUUCUUAUUGUACUUUCCAGCUCCUGAUUUUGAAACUGAUGCUGUUCUAUCCACUCAACCAGAAGGUGAUUUCGUUUGGAGAAUUGUGUUAAUGUUUGGUGCUGUUCCUGCAGCAUUAACUUACUAUUGGAGAAUGAAAAUGCCGGAAACUGCGAGAUACACUGCUUUGGUUGAAGGAGAUCACAAGAAAGCCGUUGAAGAUAUGGCAAAAGUUCUUGAUAGGAACAUACUUUCAGAAGAAUCUAAUACCAGGAUUGCUAUCAGGCCACUCGAGUCACACUCUUAUGGACUCUUCUCUUCAGAGUUUCUUAAUAGGCAUGGCCUUCAUCUUCUAGGAACAACUAGUACAUGGUUUUUAUUGGACAUUGCUUUCUAUAGUCUUCAACUGACACAAAAAGAUAUUUAUCCAACUAGUGGACUUGUAUACAAGGCUUCCAAAAUGAAUGCCAUAGAGGAAGUGUUUCAGCUCUCACGAGCGAUGUUUGCGGUUGCCUUGAUCGCCACGGUACCGGGAUACUGGUGCACAGUUUUCCUAAUUGAAAAGAUCGGACGAUUCAGAAUCCAGCUCAUUGGAUUCCUUGUUAUGUCUGUUUGUAUGUGGUUUCUAGGACACAAUUAUAGAUCAUUCAGGGGAGAAGAAUCUGCAUGCAAGAAUGGUUCAAAAUAUAGUUUUUGUAAUGGAAACCCAGUCAUGUUUGCUAUACUUUUCGGACUUACACUUUUCUUUGCUAACUUUGGACCUAAUAGUACUACAUUUAUAGUGCCGGCAGAGCUGUUUCCUGCAAGGCUCCGUUCGACAUGUCAUGGGAUAUCCGCUGCAGCUGGAAAAUCAGGAGCUAUAGUCGGUGCUUUUGGGGUGCAGAGCUAUAUAGGUAAUUCUCAUGAUAAAUCAAAAGGAACCAAGCAAGCAAUUAUGGCCCUUGCGGUUGUGAACUUGCUUGGAUUCUUUUUCACUUUCUUGGUGCCUGAAACACAAGGUCGAUCGCUUGAAGAAAUCUCGGGAGAGGAAAAAGAUUUCCAAGGAAACAAUGCAGAUGAAGAAAUAAGCGGUGAAAGAAAUGGAACAAGAAACGCUAGUGUCGAUAAAUCUCCAGAAACUUCAAUGGUUUAG